UUCGUCUGAUUUGAGGGAGAUGCCAUGCUAGAGUGCAAGAGAGCGGCGACCACAUGGUAGCACAGCUCUGGGGAGACACUGUUUUGUAUUACUACUACUAAAUGACAACGCGGAAAUGGCCACCAUAUGAACACUUGUCUCUCACCUUCUUCGUCUCCAACUUAGACACAGAGAGAGAGAGGGAGUGAGAAAGAUAGAGAUUGAGAAAGAGAGGGGACAGAGGAAGGUUCCAGAUGCCCUGCGGAUGGGGAAAAGUGAGCUGCAAAACCUGUUUCGGCAGCAGAAUCCCGAGGCUGACAACAAUCGAGAUUCUUCGGGGCUUUUCUGUGAUGGAUGUUCGGUGGCUCUCAACGGAGUUGUAAAGGCGUUCAGUUUCAAGUGCUUCUUUGUUUUGAUUCUGACCUUAUCAGUUUUGGUUUCUGGGGUCUUCUGGAUUCUUCCCUGUCAUUCAACAAAGUUUGGUUUUGAGGCAAAAGAUGAAAUUAAGCUCAGCGCCACAGUCCAGGCAUAUUUCAGACUGGAUAGGCCAGUUUCGCAUCUUGUUCCACACAUUGGAAGAUUAGAGUAUGAUAUCUAUGGGGAAAUAGGUGUCCCUGGCAUGAAGGUGGUCAUCUUAUCCAUGAACCAAUCUGGUGCUUCUAACUGGACUGAUGUGGUGUUUGGUGUACUUUCGGAUCCAAUUAAUGUUCCUAUUACACCAGUGUCCCUAAGUGUGCUGAGAUCAUCUGUAAUUGAUCUGUUCCUUCAGCAAUCCAAUCUGACAUUGACAUCUUCCAUUUUUGGGAAGGCAACUAUGUUUGAGAUUCUGAAGUUUCCAGGGGGCUUAACGUUAAUCCCAGUGCAAUCUGCUUCAAUUUGGCAGACCCCCCAGAUUCUAUUUAAUUUUACUCUAAAUAAUUCAAUAUCCGAUAUACUGGAAAACUUCAUCGAGUUGAAGGAUCAGUUGAAGAUGGGAUUGUAUCUGAGGUCUCAUGAGACUUUGUAUAUCCAGAUAACAAACAAGGUUGGCUCCACAAUAGCCCCCCCAGUGACAGUUCAGGCUUCAGUCAUGUCAGAUCUCGGGAGUCUUUUGCCACAGAGAUUGAAGCAGUUGGCUGAAAUUAUCACUGGCUCUCCAGCAAAAAAUCUUGGUCUUAAUAACACAGUUUUUGGUAAAGUUAAAAGCAUCAGUUUAUCUUCUUAUCUAAAGGGUACUCUCAAUGUCACCCCUCCUAGUCCUUCUCCAGCUCCAUCUCCAUCUCCAUCUCCAUCUCCAGAACUAGGUGAUUAUCCAUCAAUUUCACCAUAUCCUGCUCUCUCUUCGCAUACCUCUCCAACAUCCUCGCCUAACAUUAAGCACCACUCACCUGCACAUCCUCCUCAUCCCUGUCUAUAUCGUGGCUUCACAAAUUCUCCAAGCCCCUCACUGGCUUCUCCCGAUGACCCAGCUGUUCCUCCUGCCUUCUCACCUGCAGUGGCUACUCCAAACUCCCCUCAUAUGGGUCCCACUUUCAAGUUGCCUCCAGUUCUGUCACCUAAACCCAAAGUAUCAUAUGCUCCCAGUCCAGGCCAGGACAAGGCAAGGGUAGAAGGCUUGGUUUCUCCAUCACUUGCACCAUCGCCUUCAUUUCACAGAUUUGCGUCCGAGGAGCACACAUAUAUAAAAGAGUAGCACUGCCAGGUCAAAGCCAGGAAAGAUGGCAGGCCUCUUACAGGAUUUCUACGUUUCUGAUGUUGCAAGAAACCCUGGGAUAUUCUUCCCGAAGGGAAAGACCCCCCCAGCGAUAUCAUGAAUAGUUAGUGAAAAAAAAAAAGGUUUGCAGAUUUGAACGGGAAAAUGCUUGGGCCACCGAUAGGUGGUCUUCAGACAUUUUCUCGAUAUAUAUUUCUUUUACUUAUUGAUUAAGGAAAUAUUUUUUUAAUUAUGUAAUUUUUUUUAAAUGUUAAAGGGUAUAAAAAAAAUGAAAAAAAAGGGGCCAAAUGGCCUUAUCUGGAGAAUCUCUCGGCUAGUACUACUUUCUGAUAGAUUUAAGAAAGAACCAUCGAUACCUGUAUCCAUUGAAGUGUAAGAUAUGAUGGUUCCUUUUGAGCAUCUGCAAAAAAGCAAACAAUGUAAUGCACAAUUGUCAUAAACAGGUGUUAUAUAUACUCAUAAAAAAUGCAGGGGGACACUUUUACACGAA